GCUCUCGGCGGGGCAGCGCGACCGCUAGGGGCUCCUGUGAGCGGCGGUUACCUCAGAGCCGGGGAGAUGGCCGGGGCGAGCGGCCGGGGGGACCCGCUGGCGUUGGAGGAGCCUCCGCUGCCCAGGCCCUCCCAGCCGGAGAGCCGCUUGGGCGACCAGGACAGGCUCGCGCAGAUCCACUUAAAAAUUUUGAGAGGGCACUGUGAUACUGUGAGCUCCUGUCAUUUCUGCUUUGAAGAUACAAAAAUUCUUUCAUGCUCUUAUGACAGAACAAUUAAACUCUGGGAUGUUGAAAAAGGUGUUCCUGUUCAAGUCUUUGAAGAAGAACACACAGCUCCCAUUUCUGAGUGCAGCUUGACUCCUGAUAACAAAAGAGUGAUAACAUCAUCAUAUGAUAAAACAGUAAAGGCUUGGGAUAUGGAAACAGGAAAAAUGCUUUGGACUGUCGACCAAGAAGGUCUUGUAACUUCAUGUAAUAUUUCGUGUGAUGGUAAAUAUGUGGUAUCUGGCUUAGACAUGGAAAAUGCUAUAUGUGUUACUGAUGCACUAAAUGCCACAACGGUGGCAUAUGUUCAAGAUCAUCACAGAAGCACAAUCACAAGAUGUUGUUUUGACCCUGACAACGAGAGAGUCUCUUCGGUAUCAUCUGAUAAGACCAUAAAGCUUUGGGACAUUAUAGCACAAUCCACCACUAUCACAGUUAAUGAGGCACAUACCAAUGUCAUCUCAGACUGCUGCUUUACCAUAGAUGGUCAUUACUUGUGCACAGCAUCGUGGGACAAAACCUUAAAAAUAUGGGAUAUAAAAACAGGGGAGUUUCGUUAUCAUGGACCUAUUUGCUUGAACCAAGGUCAUGAAGGUUCUGUUAGUUCCUGUGUUUUUAGCAAAGAUGCAUCUCUUGUAGUGUCUGGAGCAUAUGACAAAACUAUAGCUCUGUGGGAUGCAGGAGCAGGAUAUAAAAAGCUAGCGUUAAAGGGCCAUGGAGACUGGGUGAUGGAUGUUGCAAUUAGCAACAACAAGAAAUGGAUCCUUUCUUCCUCAAAGGAUGCUACUUUGAGAUUAUGGAACAUUGAAAAGGCUGAUCAUGUUCCUGCGGCAAUAGAAAGCAGAAAUACAAGAGGCACAAAAAUAGUUCAGUGUGAAGAAUGUGAAAAACCUUUCUCACUCCUACAGUGUGAUGACUCUGAAGCGGUAACCAAGUGUGUAUUCUGUCGACUGGCUUCUCCUUCGAGAAAUAUUUUGCCAUUACCCCCAUUGUAGUGCCUGAUCUCUAAAUUCUUCCCAACAGACUAUUUGUGCAAAUACAUUUGAGUUUUUAAGCAUAUGCCUAUACCUAAUUGUGAUUAUCAGUAUAUUAUAUUGCAUGUAAAUACAGAGCCAAGGACUUCCUCCAUACUUCUGUGCCAUACAGUAACAUCUAUGUUAAAAAAAAUUUGCUUAUUCAUUGUACACAUGUGCAAUAUACAUACUGAGUUUCACCGUGUAACAGAUGACCGGAUCAAGUCCUAAGAUUUUAAAUCUAUUCAUAUUGUACAAGAAAAUAAAAUUACAUUCAUCUCCUUUAAGUGAGCACACUUAAUAAAGGUGGUUGUAACAAAGAAAAUAUGUGACUAAGUAAUUUGCUGACAGUUGUCCUUAAAUUGUGUAGAAUAAAACCAUCUUUUUUUACUAUGGAGUGGAGUAUACUGGAAAUAUGAAAAACAUUUGCAUCAAUUGAAAAUGCUAAAGGGUUUUGAAAUUUGAAUGUGGAGAGGGCAUUUGGACCAUGAGGUUUGUAUUAUCUUGCUUCCAACAUCCCUUAUAAAAUGUUUCUAGGAACUUUCAAUCACAAGAAUACGUUAUUAUUUGUGUUUGACAUGACAUAUGCCAAACUAGUCCCAUAUAUUCAGGACCCAAUCCUGCCAGCACCCUCAACUCCAGCACUGCUCAGGAUUUGUCCCUAAAAGUCUAUACCUCUUCACCAGCUAUGUGAGGAUGUCAAUUAAUAUGAGAUUAGUGUUUCAAGAUGUGGGGACCUCAUUCAUCAAAAACGUGUUUCAGCAGAUUAUAUUAUUUUAAAAGGGAUUUAUAAGAAGAAAAAAUAUAUUGUACCUGGAUAUGUAGUAGUCUGGAAUGUAGUUAAGCUAUGAAAUAAAUGGAACUCUAUUAUGGGUCUUUCUUUCUUUUUUAAGCCAUGUGAAUUGUGUAGCCUCGGUAGCUACAGUUGCACUUGACUCCAAGGUGAAAAGAAAAUGAUUUUUUAAGAAAUAAUAUGUUUUAUCCAGAUUUACUGCUUUGAAUAAAACAUGAGGUGACAAGCUGUAACAUAUCCCAAGACACUGUCCUCUUUUUCCUCUUAAUUAAAUAUCAUUGGUUUGCAGUAAAAAGUUGAAAAAAUGCAGUUUGUAUGGUGCUGGAAUUAUUUUUGCAGAAUACAUAAAAUGUGCCUGUCUUAUUGUUGGAAUAAUUACCCUUAAAUAUGAAUAAUAAUACUGAACUAAUUUCUGCAUGUUUGAAAAUAAUCUCAGUUUAAUUAAAUAAUAUUCUUAUAAUAUUUGAAUUAGGAAUGUCCUUUAUUUGCUCUUCCUGUCCCAUUUAGCUGAAAAAAUCAAAGCGCUAAGAUUUUCCAUUGAGAGAGCAAAACUAAUUACUCUAUAGAGGGUUAUUUUUGUGUAUAAAUAGUGUGACAUUCAGAGAUGAAUAGGUUGGAAAUUUUCUUUUGAAAGGGUCUUUUAUUUCCCAAAUUAAUAAAGACAAGUCAAACUGAUACUUUGCUGUCGGAAACAUAAGUCUUAUUAAAUCAGUUUGUAUUUUACUGCUUAUUUGACAGAAUCAAUUUGAUAGACCAAGACAAAGAAUAGAGAGAACAGGAAAUUCUACAACUAUAUCAUAGACCAGUGGUUCUCAACCAGGGUUCCGGGGUCCCCUGGGGGGCUGUGAGCAGGUUUCAGGGAGGUCUGCCAAGCAGGGUCAGCAUUAGACUUGUGGGGGCCCAGGGCAGAAAGCCAAAGCCUGAGCAAUGUAGCUUCGCAGGGGCCCCAGUGCAUGGGACCCCGGGGAAUUACUCUGCUUGCUACCCCCUAAUGCUGGCCCUGGUUUUUAUAUGCAGAAAAACAGUUGUUGUAACACAGGUGGGCACUGAACAUAAGACCAUAAGAACGGCCACAAUGGAUCAGACCAAAGGUCCAUCUAGCCCAGUAUCCUGUCUUCUGAUAGUGGCCAAUGCCAGGUGCCUCAGUGGAGUUUUUAUAGCAUGGUCGGGGGAGGGGGGGGCGGACUUCAGAAGGAAAAAGGUUGAGAACCCCUGUCAUAGACCAUUUAAACCAGUUAAGUGCUUGGGAAUAUAUAGCUUAUUUUGGGCCUGAUUUAUAAGGUAGGGCAUUCAAGAGUUACAUAACAAACUUUUGUUUGAUGAAUAAAGGCUCAAGAACUCCCCAAAACUAUCUACUGUGUCCCUUUUAAGCUAGUAGCACCAUCUGCACUGCUGCCGGACUUCCUAUGUUUUUGCACUUCUCUGCAGGUAAUUAUGA